UUGCUUUAAUGAUAAAAUAGUUUCUACUGUAGUGUCCCCUACAAAAUGCCCGCAUCGUUCCGUAUCAAAAACCACCUGCUAAACAAAUAAUUUAACCGUUUUUUUAUGUCGCAAGCAAUAUUUGUAAAAGUAAUUACUAGGUUUUAAUUUUUCUAUUCUUGACAUAUUUAUAUCUGUUAAUUGUUCGCGAAAUAAAAAGUAGAAAUGAAUCACUACUAUUGUAUUGUUUAUUUGACAUAUCAAUCAGCACGGAACUAUUUAUUGUUUUGGCAAUCAAUCGACCAAAAACAGGGAUGCAAAUGUCCGAUUUUUUACCCCAAUACGCAAUAAUUCACCAUUACACGCGCCAUAUAUUUUUGCUUGUAUGUGUGCAUACAUUAUUAUCAAAAAACAAUUACAGUACAAUAUACUUAUGUAUAGAGUUUUAAAUUAAAUUGACGUCAUUUUGUUAAAAACAAGACAAAUCAAUUACUUAAACAAUAUCGCAUCGAUAAACUAAAAUGUAAAUAAAGUGGAGCGUGUGAAUUUGUCGAAAACAAAUUCGGUGGGAAAAUUAUUUUGCUGGUUAUAAUACAUAAUUAGAGGGUGGAUUGGCAUAGGGUGCAAGUCAAGUGUAAUCAAAAGCGCGGGCGGGGGUGGGGAUGAUAUAAAGAGAUUCGCGUGGAUCAAUUCUAUACACAAAGUGAAACAACCUCGGCACGCUAACAUGGCCAUCAGAAAAUUCUUUUCGAGAUCUGGACACCAAUGCAUUAAGGUGUUCCAGAGCUUAAGCCACUCCAUACAAAACAAAGUGUCACACAGAAAAAAAUAUAAGUCAUCAAUUUCCAUGUCGACUUGCGGACGAAGCAGCAUAUCAACAGAAAUAACAAUUCUUGAUUAUGAUUUAACACCUUGCAUUUGUAAAAAUAUUAAUAAUAAUAACAACAACGAAGAUAAUGAAAAUAAAUUUAACGAGAGUAUUGAGGAAAGGCAGUGGAAAUGUAAAUAUUAUUAAAUUUUUGUGCUUUGUAUUUUUCUUAUUGGC